UAUGACAACCCAAAUUCUAUUUUUGUAAAAAACCUUUUUCAGUUUCAAAUAAUUCCUUAUAGUCUUUUCCUUCUUUCUAGUUUCUCCCUCCCUUUUCGUCUUUCUGUUUUCUCACUCUCAUCCGCGUUACCACUUACCACCAUCAUCCACCCAUGCCCACAAUCCCACUCACCAAUAAAGAGAAUAAACACCAUAAAAUCAUACUCACUACCACUUUUCAUCCUUUCAUUUCUCUCUUUCUCUCUCAUCAUCAUCAUCAUCAUCUCCUCACUUUUUACUCCGUUUUUUGCAUCCAUUUUCUCAUUCUCCGACUCGUUUUAACAAGAAUUAUUCAAUGGUGAAUCAAUUUUCUGGAAUUAGUUGUUGAAAAAUCUGUUUUGACUUUUUGUUUUUGUUUUGUAAAAACUAAAAAUGAGAGGAUAUUCGAGGCAUGAAUUACGCCGGUGGGCGUCCGAUAACAUUCGAACACCAGCUCCGGCGAUAAGCGCCGGAUCUUCGCCGAGAAGUGACGUCACUGCGUCGGGAUAUUCAACUCCACCUUCAAACGCCGAAGAAUUCGUCGAAGUAACCCUAGACAUCGAAGACGACGAAACUAUCAUUCUCCGAAGCGUCGAGCCGGCGAACACAAUUUCUCCGGCACCGGCGUCGCUAAAUGUCGAUUCAUCGGCUACUCAUAAUUCUCUCUCCUCCUUCGAUAUUCCUCCUACAUCGUCGUCUUCAUCUCGUACGCCGGCGAUUCGUCGAACGACGUCGUCUAGUAGUCGUAUACGGCAAUUCUCACAUGAGCUUAAAGCGGAAAUCAGUAGAGCGAAACAAUCAUUCUCUGCUCAAUUGACGAAACGUUUCUCUGGAAAGUUCUUGAGUAACUCGCCUUCUAUGAAAGGUUCUGACUCCGGAGUUGACCCGGCGAUUGCAGCGAGGAAUCGUCGUAAACAGCUGGCGCAACUCAAUCGAACUCGUUCUGGUGCUAAACGAGCUUUGAAAGGGCUUAGAUUCAUUAGUAGUAAAGGAAAUGCAACUUGGAGUGAAGUUGAGAAUAAUUUCAAGAAGCUUGCUAAAGAUGAAUUUCUAUAUCGAAUCGAUUUCGCUGAAUGCAUUGGUAUGUUGAAUUCCAAGGAAUUCGCGUUAGAAAUGUUUGAUGCGUUGAGCAGGAGGAGAAGAUUGAAGGUGGAGAAGAUUAGUAAGGAUGAAUUGUAUGAGUAUUGGUCUCAGAUUACAGAUCAAAGUUUCGAUUCUCGUCUGCAGAUCUUCUUCGACAUGGUGGAUAAAAAUGAUGAUGGGCGCCUGACCGAAGAAGAAGUUAAAGAGAUCAUAACGUUAAGUGCAUCAGCUAAUAAGUUGUCAAGAUUAAAAGAUCAAGCUGAGGAAUAUGCAGCUUUAAUCAUGGAAGAACUAGAUCCAGAAGGGCUUGGAUAUAUUGAGUUGUGGCAAUUGGAGACACUUUUGUUGCAAAAAGACACGUACUUGAGCUACAGUCAGGCACUAAGCUAUACAAGCCAAGCUUUAAGCCAAAAUUUACAUGGACUUAGAUAUAAGAGCCCAAUGCAAAGGAUGAGAACAAAAAUGUUCUACUUUCUACAAGAUAAUUGGAAGAGGAUUUGGGUUUUAAGUCUUUGGAUUUUGAUUAUGAUCGGCUUGUUCUUAUGGAAGUUCUUUCAGUAUAAAAACAAAGCCGCAUUCCAAGUUAUGGGUUACUGCCUUACUACAGCUAAAGGUGCAGCUGAGAUUUUAAAGUUGAAUAUGGCUCUGAUACUGUUUCCAGUAUGUAGGAACACCAUAACUUGGAUUAGGUCCACCAGGCUGGCUUAUAUUGUGCCCUUUGACGACAAUAUCAACUUUCACAAGACAAUUGCUGCAGCUAUUGUGGUUGGUGUCAUCCUUCAUGCCGGGAACCAUCUAGCAUGUGAUUUUCCAAGACUGGAGAGGUCAUCACCACAAGACUAUGCUCGCUACUUGAGUGACUUUGGUACACCAAAACCCACAUAUGGAGAAAUAGUGCGAAGUAUUGAGGGUAUAACAGGAGUCAUUAUGGUCGUUUUGAUGGCAAUUGCUUUUGUUCUGGCAACUCGAUAUUUUAGACGUGGCCUAAUAAAGCUGCCUAAGCCUUUUGAUAGACUCACAGGAUAUAAUGCCUUCUGGUAUUCACACCACCUUCUGGUCAUUGUCUAUAUUUGUUUGUUCAUCCAUGGGAUAAAGCUUUAUCUUGUCAAGAAAUGGUACAAAAUGACGACAUGGAUGUAUAUCGCUAUUCCGGUUUUGAUUUAUGCCGGGGAAAGGACUCUAAGAUUCUUUCGAUCUGGAUUAUACUCUGUCCGUCUUUUGAAGGUGGCAAUUUAUCCAGGAAAUGUUCUUACACUGCAAAUGUCAAAGCCAUCGCAAUUUCGGUACAAAAGUGGACAGUACAUGUUUGUGCAGUGCCCUGCUGUUUCCCCCUUCGAAUGGCACCCAUUUUCAAUUACUUCUGCUCCUGAAGAUAAUUUCCUCAGUAUCCAUGUCCGCAAGCUUGGUGACUGGACACAUGAACUACAGAAGGUAUUUGGAGAUGCUUGUGAGGAACCUGUACCUGGAAGGAGUGGACUUCUUAGAGCUGAUGAAACGACAAAGAAAAGUUUGCCAAAGUUGCUGAUAGACGGGCCAUAUGGUGCUCCAGCACAAGAUUACCGUAAAUAUGAUGUUCUUCUCCUUGUUGGUCUUGGUAUUGGAGCAACACCAUUCAUUAGUAUCCUGAAGGAUCUGCUUAACAACAUAGUCAAAAAGGAGGAGGAGGAAGAAAAGGCUGCCGAUCUUUACCCUGUACCAGAUCUCAAUGAUAUCUCCCCAAAGCAAAAGAAGCCCUUGAGGACCACAAAUGCCUACUUCUACUGGGUAACUAAGGAACAAGGAUCAUUUGAUUGGUUCAGAGGGGUCAUGAAUGAAGUUGCUGAGCUUGAUCAGAGGGGUGUGAUUGAAAUGCACAACUACUUGACCAGUGUAUACGAGGAAGGAGAUGCACGCUCAGCACUAAUCACUAUGGUGGCAGCACUCAACCAUGCCAAAAAUGGGGUAGAUAUUGUUUCUGGCACCAAGGUCCGUACCCAUUUCGCAAGGCCGAAUUGGAAAAAGGUUCUAUCUAAGAUAGGUUCCAAGCAUGCAAAUGCUAGAAUAGGUGUUUUCUACUGUGGUGCACCAAUCUUGGCCAAAGAAUUGAAGGUACUAUGCAAUGAGUACAAUCAAAGAGGUACAACAAAGUUUGAAUUCCACAAGGAGAACUUCUAAGAAGUCUCCCAAGUGAUGUUACCUUCCACUUCUUCAGCAAUAUUUAUACGCCUCGGCCCUUCCUGCUUCUACCAGAGGAUCAGAAUUCAGAACAUACAUAUACCUUUUACUUUUUUCUUUAUCCUAAAUUAUAUGAAGUAGAUACAAAGGAAGAACAAGAAAAGUAAAGAGGCAAAGAUAACACUGAGAAGAUAGAAUUAUGUACAGUCUUGAAUAGGGCUGGAAGUAUAAGGGAAGAUGUAUUGAUUCCCCUUGUAUCUUUCUAGUUUCUUUUCUAAUUUUUUUAAAAUUUUGAUGAUUUUCAUGAUCAAUAUAUGCCAAGUAUUUAGUAGCAAAUAUAGGGAUUGGUUGGACUACCAGAGAAAUGGGAAUGUAAAUAAAUCAUGUGGUCAAGUGAAUGGAAAUUUGAAGCUGAAUCGUGUGAGAUAUCUGCAAGUAAGCUACAGAAUUUGUACAAGUUUGGCUUACCAUAGCUAUUGCAUCAAGUUGUAGAAAAGGAAAGUGAUGUUUUAUGCGGGUGUAGAUGAGGCACAAUUUUGGAGACAAACACAGUUGAAAGGAUUAUAUAUGUGGGUUUAUACCACUUUUGUUGUUAA